UGACAGUCGGUAUGUACUAUGUAUAACAAGAUACAUACGACUUCGAAAACACAUCUAAAAAUUAAAAAAUAGUAAAAAUGUUUCGAGUAAUAAUUAAAAGUGUGGUACCGGGCUUCACAAAAUCUGGAGUUAAUAGGAGACCUCAACAAGAGAUAGCGCUUCGUACAAUCUUACAAGGAACAAGAUCCUUAUCAAACUCCGUUGACGCUGAUAAGUUUUCACUAAAGCAUGAGGAAAUCGGAAGACCAUUAUAUUUCGACGCACAAGCUACAACACCAAUGGAUCCCAGAGUUUUGGAUGCUAUGUUGCCUUAUCUUGUAAGCUACCAUGGUAAUCCUCAUUCAAGAACCCAUGCCUAUGGAUGGGAGAGUGAAGCUGCUGUUGAGAAAGCAAGAGAACAAGUUGCAAAUUUGAUUGGUGCUGAUCCUAAAGAAAUAAUAUUUACUUCUGGAGCAACAGAAUCAAAUAAUAUUUCAAUCAAAGGAGUAGCAAGAUUCUAUGCACCAAGAAAAAAGCAUGUUGUUACUACACAGAUUGAACAUAAGUGUGUACUAGAUUCAUGUCGAGUAUUAGAAGGAGAAGGAUUUAAAGUUACAUAUUUACCUGUUGGCACAAAUGGUAUUAUAAAGUUAGAAGAUUUAGAGGCUGCUAUUACUCCAGAAACGAGUUUGGUCUCUAUCAUGACUGUUAAUAAUGAGAUUGGAGUUAAACAGCCUAUUGCUGAUAUAGGAGCAAUAUGUAAGAAAAAUAAGAUAUUCUUUCACACUGACGCAGCACAAGCAAUGGGAAAAAUACCUCUUGAUGUGAAUCUAAUGAAUAUUGACUUGAUGUCCAUAUCUGGCCAUAAAAUUUAUGGUCCAAAGGGUGUAGGCGCUUUGUACAUUAGACGCAGACCUCGGGUUCGUGUUGAACCCAUCCAAAGUGGUGGAGGACAGGAAAGAGGAAUGAGGAGUGGCACAGUACCAACCCCACUAGUUGUUGGACUAGGUGCUGCAUGUGAAAUCUCUCAACGUGAAAUGGCGUAUGAUCAUGCGUGGAUGGAACAACUGGCAAAAAGAUUCCUCGACAAGAUAAACGCAAAGUUGACACAUGUGAUAAGAAAUGGUGAUGAGGAACAAUCAUAUCCUGGAUGUAUUAAUUUGUCAUUUGCAUAUGUUGAAGGCGAAUCCUUACUGAUGGCUUUAAAAGACAUUGCAUUGUCAAGUGGAUCAGCAUGCACAUCAGCAUCUCUGGAACCAUCAUAUGUAUUAAGAGCGAUUGGAGCAGAUGAAGAUUUAGCACAUAGCUCAAUCAGAUUUGGCCUGGGAAGAUUCACAACAAUCGAUGAAGUAGAUUACACAGCAGAAAAAACAAUUCGACAUGUUGCGCGUCUUCGGGAGAUGAGUCCUCUAUGGGAGAUGGUGCAGGAGGGUGUUGACAUCAAAACAAUUCAAUGGUCUCAACAUUAAGUACACAUUAGUAACUCUUGUAUGCAUAUAAAGACGACUGACUCGUAUGAAUGACUUUGUGAUAUUUUAAAUUAUAACCUCGAUAAGGUUUCAUAUUUUUGUUAGAUGCUGAUGUAUUAUAUUAUUAAACGUAAAUUUUUGUUCCUGCAUCAGAUGAAAGGAAACUACUGAAUUUAUUAUCAAACUACAUGAUUUAUGUUCUGUUAUAUUCAUUCAAUUUUUAUUUCAAACAGAGUAUUACUAUGUGUGAUUGUGUGACUAAAAAUAAUGGCUACUGAAAUGAAAUUCCCAAAUAUUAUGUCAAAUUUAAUUAGAGCCAUUUAAAUAAUUACACUAAAAUACAAUACGAAGCACAUCAAUUUUGUCAUGAUACAUUAUUGAUUAUAUAAGAAAACCCUUCGCAACACAGCUUUCAAACAUAACAAACAGGUAAUAAGGAUUUCAGAUUGUAUUUUUUAGAUCUGACAUUAUAUAAGAAUUGUUAUUGAUAUUUCAUGUUUUAUUGUGUUUUUAAAUUAUUGUUUUGGAAUAGAUGGAAGCUAAUUUAACCAAAAAUAUAAAAUACCCAUAUAAAAUUAGCAUUACCUGUUUACACAUUUACCAUGACCUUCCACCUCUCAUGUAAUUUAAAUAAAUGACAUCAUCACAGCUUGUGUAAAAUUAUAAAAUUAAAGCACUGGAUUCUUACUAAAUGUUACUUGUUUAAGUUCAAAUUUAAAUUUAUUAGUUUGUUACUUAAACAAAUGUAUAGAGGUAUUGUUAUAUUCUAUGAUUCAAUAAAUAAACUACAUAAGUAGAAAUUAUGUAAAAUAAAAUGUUUUAAAGCA